UUUAAAUUGCUUGACAUGUCCUUGGGAUUUUCGUCUUCACUUGGUCAGUCAACCAAUGUGGAGCGGAAGCUGGAGAAUAAUAAAUUGAAAAACUUUGGUUUUCUUGUGCCACACAUAUCUGAGUUUGAGUAUGAAUUACAGGAGCUUUUAGUUGAGAUUGAUAUGCUCAUUGAGAAGAAGAAAUGUGAGUGGGAAAAAGAUCUUAAAGCCCUUGAAAGAAAGCUGUCGAUUAAGGUGUCUGAAAAUGACAGGCUUCAGGGUCUUGUUAACGAAAAAGAAAGGGAUCUACAAGAUGCUUUUAGGCGCCUUGAAAUGGUUGAAUCCAAAAAUCCAAGGAUUUGUUAUGGCAAGCAGAUCGAGGAAUUAAGUCACAAGGUUGACGCAAUGAAAGCUAGUUACAGUAAUCUCCAAAGGAAAUAUCAAAAGCAAUUAGUUGCAGAAAAAAGUGAUUUCUCAAUGCAUCUACGUAAUUUAGAGACUGAAAAUGAAGCUCUGAAAGCCGAUUACGAGAGAUUAAGACAAAAAAAUGAACAGAUUAUUUCAUCACUGAAACAACAGUUGGCCGAUCAAAAAAAUAGCACACUUGAUAUUCAGAAACGGUAUGGUGAAUUGCAAUCUCAAUUUGAAAUAAAAUUACAAGAGGAAACCAAUCAAAAGAAUAAUAUUAUAGAGAUGAAAGAAGAGCAUCAGUUAGCCAUCGACAAACUUAGUAAACAGUUAAAUGAUCAUAAAAAUACAAUUAAGCUUCAGGCCGAAGAAUUAAUGAUUACCAAAGCAUCACUCACAAAUAAAAUUUCGGAGAUUCAUCGCCUUCCUCGUGAAGCUGAAAUGAAAAAGUCAGUUAUCAAUGGUUCUCAGAAAUCUGUAAAACGUCAAGAAAAAACCAUGACAAAGCGUUUAAACUUGCUGUUACAUCGAAAACACAAUUCAACACCCAAUAUAUCAGUUAAACAUGGACAAAUUUCACCUACUGACUUAUCAUCACCAUUACAACAGUUACAGCAGGCUCUCAGUGAUCAAGAAGAAAUUACUCAUAAAGUUAAGUACUUGGAAAAUCAACUGAAUGAAGCUAAUAAUACUCUCAUAGAUAAAAUGUUAGAAAUAAGUCGACUUGAAAAUACAUGUCAAGUAGCGUCUGCUACAAUUCGUCGUCUAGUGGAAUCCAAAGCAUAUUCUAAUGGACAAACUAAGUCCCUGGAAACUUCCAUUGAUGAAGCCCGUGAAAGAGUGGGGAAUUUUGAAAGAAAGCUUUCUUUAGUUGAAAAGGAUUUAUCAUCUAAAUUAUCAAAAACAAUAUCUGAAAUAUGUCGACUUAAAAAAUAUGUUUAUCAAAUUCAAGCAUCCAGAUCAUAUAAAAUAAAUCAGACGCCAAGACAUUGUACUUCAGAUGAAGGUGUACAAACAAGCGACUAUUUACUGCCCAAUGAUGGACCAAUCAAAGUAACACCUACCUUAACCUUCAAUGAUACGCAGUCAACAAAUCUCACUUCGUCCAACUCAUUAACAAAUACGGAAGAGUUGAAUAAAAUACCUAAUAAUUAUUGUGCUGAUCUUAAUUCAACACUAUUUAUCAAUCAAUCAAAUAGUAGUACCCAUCGUAAAACUGUUAACGCUCCAGUAGAUCUAGUCAAUAAGCAAAUUGAAAUGGAAGUCAAUCACUCUCAGGCUCAAAUUAAUCAAGGAAACAAAAACUGUCCGAAUUUUAAACAAGAUUUUCACAGUAACAUCAAUUUACUUGCUAACUCUACGGAUGUUUGUAACGAAUCUAAAAAUUCUGAACAGUCAAUAGAAAUUACACCAAACAAAAUAUUUAGAAAUAAAGAUGAAAAACAAAUUUUUCCACCCGGUGAAUCUGAUGUUGUUGCAUCAUGUAAACCAAUACCAUCGGCACGCUUUAAAUUGUUGUCACCCUCAGUUAAAUUUUUGGAUGAUAAUAAUAAUGGUAUCAAUUCAAACGAAAAUGGAUUAAUCGAUUUAGAUAAGCAGGACUAUGCUGCUGUUUUAGAACCCACACUAUUGACGUUAAAUUCACCAGUUUCUGAAAUAUCAAAAUUUGCCAAAAUCAAUGAAACUAUUAUUGAUUCAUUCCCAAAUUCAUGUUUGAAUUAUUCUACUGAUUCAAUUAGAAUUGUAUCCACAUGUGUUCCACACUUCUCUGUUUUCACACAAGAUAGUACAUUUGUUGAAUCAGAUACAAAUUUUCAUUGUUAUCAAUCAAUGAAUUUGUCAAAUGAAGAACAGUCAUCAUCAUUUGAAAAAAAGUCAAAUCUUCAUCUACCAUCAUAUUGUUCAACAUUCAUAUCACCAUCAUCAUCAAUAUCAUUAUAUCACUCUCAAAUUAAUCAUAAUAGUUUAAAUGAAGAAGAUACAAAUGUUUAUAAUUUAGCUGCACAAUUUUUAGUGGAUGAACAAAAGCAUUCCAUGUUAUUAGAACAAAAAAUUGAUGCACAUUUAAAGUGUUUAGAAGAACAUGCUGGACAUUUAAAUGAAUUAUAUUAAAUUUGCAUAUUUUUUAUAUAUAUUUCUUCAUUUACUUUGAUAUAAGUCAACUUUUUUUUCUUAUCAUGGUUGUGUUUCGAUGUCUACUAAUAACGUUAAGUUUUAGUAGUAUUUCUUGUUAGAAUACAUUUUUGUGAAUGUACAUCAAAACUGUAUUAAAUUAUUUCUUAAAUUUUUUUCUUCUAUGUUCCUAUUCCAUUUAUCAAUCGGAUAAGUAAAUUAAAACUGUUUUCAAGUACAAUUUUUCUUAUAAAAAAUAGUAUUCUUUUUUUUACCAAAUAUGUUAUUCAACUGUGAUAUAUCUAUAUAUCAAUAUUUGACCUCGUUUUAAUAGUUUACAAGACUUAACCUUUUAUGGGAUAAGUGCAUAGAUACAUAUUACAUUCUUUUACCCUUGUUGAUGUUGGGUUGUUUAUAUUGAUUUGUUGUUGUUGUUGUUGCCGUGUAACACAUACAAACACACACGUUUAAACACUAUGUUCAACAAAUAGGCUACCGUACGGAUAAAUGCACAAACCUACACAUUGAUUUAUUAGUGAAUUAACCAGCUUACGCAAACAAUCACAUUAAAUGAUUUUGAAAAUCUAAGUGUUCCUCGACAGGCAAAUGUGUAUUCAUAUUCAUGUUUUAUUAUACUGUGAAAAAUAAUAAUCUCCUACAAUCUUUAGACAUAUUAUGAUGUAUCAUAUAUUCUUUCAAAAAAAAGAAUAUCCAGAGGAUGAACGACUAGAAUUUUCUUUUUUACACCAUAAUGUCAUAUUUACCUCAACGCUUGUCAACCAUUAUCUCCUCUCUCAUUCUUUCUCUGGGAGAAAUUUUUUUUAUCUCCUUUUUACACUUAAGAUAGCUUAUUUUACACAAUCUUUUGCUGUUUGUCAAGUAGGUUUUCAAUACGGUAAAUUUUAGUGUAACCAAAAUAUUAGUCUUUUUUCUGUAUUUUCUUUAAUAUGAAACCAGUUAAAAGACAGCUGUGUUCCAUCGAUUGGUGUUUUAAUUCUAUUUAACGUUUCGUAAACUUGAUUAUUAUUUCUUGUGGAUUAGAAAUUCAUGUUGAGUGCGGAG